AUCCUUGUACAAGAAACGCCACUCAUAUAGUGCCAUUGCUUAAUUCUAUAAGACUCGUGUAAGUGUCAGACACUCUGUAUACUGUAUAUGUAUAUAUACGAGUCAACACUGAAAGUUAAGAACACAUCAGUGUUAGAAAUACUGCUCAGAGAUUUGAAAGCAUGAAUCAGCAUCCUUGUAUGUGUAAUUGCUCUUUCAUUUCUUUUCAAGUACUUUAGAAAAGCAUUUCAAGUUAAUUUUCAUCAUCAAAGGAAAUUUGCAUAUGUAGUAAGAACUUAUUUAGCAUCUUUAAAGUCUUCAUUAUUAGCUACUAGUACACUGUAUGUGUAGUUAUGCUAAUUGUUAGGUAUUUAACAGUAAUACUUUCUAGAAACUUUGUAAUUUUUGUGACUCUUGUUCACAAAUUCACUAACAAGAGUGGCUGAUGUUUGUCACACAUAUAAUUUGUCACAAGUAGUCUUAUAAAGUAGCUGUGUUUACUGACUCUCACAAGUAGUCUUAUAAAGUAGCUGUGUUUACUGACUCUCACAAAUAGUCGUAUAAAGUAGCUGUGUUUACUGACUCUCAGCACUUUACCUCAUCUUUUACUUGUAUUGUCACACUUUCCAUUUCUUUAAAUUGUUAGACAUAUUCCAGCAUUAACUUACUGCACCUUGAUACCUUAUUUGUGACUAGUGACUUUUCUGACAUUAAUCAAGUGGUGCAUCAUUCUCUUGUUAUAAUAUUGUCAGCAUAAUUCUUUGCAGAAUUAUAGUAUUUUCUGUAUAAGGAAUAAACAAACUCUUAAGUUAUCUUUAUAGUACUAAUGUAUCUUCUGGGAAAAUAAAACAUCAUUGUUAUUACUUUCAUUUGACUAAUAUUAUUAUUGUUUUUUAAUAUAAUUGUUAUAGCAGUUUUAAUGUUUAUGUUCAAUUUGAUAAAAUGAAUUAUUAGUUCAUUCAACUUACACAUUAUCAAGUAAACAGUUUGUAGACAUUUUUUUUUCAACAAACCAGCUGUAUCCCACCAAGACAGGUGACCUAAAAAGUAAAACAAAAGUUUUUUUUUUUUAAAUUUAGUAAUUUAUACAGGAGAAGGGGAUACUAGCCCCUUGCUCCUUUACAGACAUACUGUCUCAAUAAUCAUUGCCAGAUGAGCACUGUUAAAGUGUUGAGUGUAGCAGCAUCUUUCUUCACUGCUGUAAAACUUCAGAUAUGAUAGAAACUCAUAUAAACAACAAUUUUUAAUUUAAAUUUCUUGACAGUCUUUUUCAAUUAGGAUUGAAUUUACACAGACCCUCAUUAUUGUUCAGCAUUACUCUCUUUUCUUUCUUAUUAUAUAAUGAUUAUGUAACAAAGUACAGAGGCUGUAGUAUAGGAAAUUAUUUCAGUGUUUUACUUUCUUUAAACCUUUUAUAAAAUAAAACAUUUAAGAGUUUAAUAUUAGAAAUAUAUUUGAUACACAAAUAUCUUGUAUAUUUUGUAAAAUUUUAUUGACAGGUGUAAUAUUGUGUUCCCAGAAUACACAGCUAUUUCUAUAAGAGAAAUUUUUGGCAUUCUUAAUACUCUUUUCUAAAAUCUGUUUUGAAAGUAAGCAUUAGGAAAUUUUUGCUAGGUUAUAUGAAAGAGAAACCAUAUUGGGGCAAAUAUAUAAAAAAAAUCAGGAUUGUAGUCAGGUCUGAGAUUAAUAAUUACAUUGUGUUUAACGUAAGAGUCUAUCUACUGUAGUAAUACAAAUGAGUAUUCAUACAGAUGACAAGCCUUUCAGAUGUCCAAAAUGUUUAAAAGUUUUUGCAGAUCAAUCUGAUCUUAUAACACACAUGAGAAAGCACGAGGGAGAGAAACGUCCUCUGUGUCUAGAAUGUGUCAGAGGUUUUCCAGAACACGAUGACUUAGUUAAACACAUGAAGACUCAUGCUGGGGACAAAAAAUAUCAGUGUAACUUAUGUGAUAAAGACUUUACACAGAAAAUUAAUCUUGUAACACAUAUGAGAACUCAUACAGGGGAAAAGCCAUUUCAGUGUUCAAUAUGUCUGAAAAACUUUGUUAAAAAAGAUUACUUAGCAACACACAUGAGAACUCAUACAGGAGAGAAACCAUAUCAGUGUACUGUAUGUUUAAAGGAUUUUUCACAAAAGUGUAAUUUAAUAACACACAUGAGAAUACAUACAGGAAACAAACCCCAUCAGUGUCCAGAGUGUCAUAAAGAUUUUCCACAUAAAUAUUAUCUUGUAACACACAUGAGAUCUCACACAGGAGAGAAACCAUAUCAGUGUACAGAGUGUUCAAAAGGAUUUUCCAAAAAAUCUGUUCUUGUAAAACAUAUGAGAAUUCAUACUGGAGAGAAACCAUAUCAAUGUUCUGUAUGUGCAAAAGACUUCUCAGAAAAAAGUGUUAUGGUAAAACAUUUAAGAAUUCAUACUGGACAGAAACCAUACCCAUGUUCAGUAUGUCAAAAAGAAUUCUCACAAAAAACUUAUUUGGAAAUACAUAUGAGAACUCAUACAGGAAAGAAGCCAUAUCAGUGUUCAGUGUGCCUAAGAGGCUUUACCCAAAAAAAUAAUUUAACAAUGCACAUGAGAACACAUACUGGAGAGAAACCGUAUCUUUGUUCAUUGUGUGGGAAAGAGUUUUCACGACAGAAUGAUUUAGCAAGACAUGAAAAAACUCAUGAAGGAGAAACUGUAUAAUUAUUAAGAAGAGGAGCAUUAUUAAAUGUAGAGUUAGAGGUAUCAGGAAGAUGGAGAGAAUAUUUUGAGGAACUGUUAAAUGUUGAUGAAGAUAGGGAAGCUGUGAUUUCAUGUAUAGGGCAAGGAGGAAUAACGUCUAGUGAGGAAGAGGCAGUUGUGAGUGGGGGGAAAGUUUGUGAGGCAGUAGGUAAAAUGAAAGGGGUAAAGCAGCUGGGAUUGAUGGGAUAAAGCUAGAAAUGUUAAAAGCAGGUGGGGAUAUAGUUUUGCAGUGGUUGUUGCUUUUAAUAAAUGAAUGGAAGAGUGUAAGGUACUUAGGGAUUGGCAGAGAACAUGCAUAGUUCUUUUAUAUAAAGGAAAAGGGGACAAAAGAGAAUGCAAAUAUUAUAGGGGAAUAAGUCUGUUGUUAUCCAUGGGGAAGUGGAACAGAAUUCUUCCUCUGUAAGCCAUGCGUGUCGUAAGAGGCGACUAAAAUGCAAGGAGCAAGGGGCUAGUAACCCCUUCUCCUGUAUAUAUUACUAAAUUACAGGGAGAAAUUGUCGUUUUUCCUUUUGGGCCACCCCACCUCGGUGGGAUAUGGCUGGUACGUUGAAGGAAUAAGAAGUCUGUUGAGUAUACCUGGUAAAGUGUAUGGUAGUUAUUAUUGAAAGAAUUAAGAGUAAGAUUGAGAGUAGAAUAGCAGAUGAACAAAGAGGCUUUAGGAAGGGUAGGGGGUGUGUAGACCAAGUGUUUACAGUGAAACAUUUAGGUGAACAGUAUUUAGAUAAGGAUAAAGAGGUUUUUGUGGCAUUUAUGGCUUUGGAAAAGGUGUAAGAGGGAGUGGAUAGGGAGGCAGUGUGGCAGAUGUUGCAAAUGUACAGAAGAAGAGGUAGGAUGUUGAGAGCAGUGUAGAGUUUUUACGAAGAUAAUGAGGCUCAGGUUAGAGUAUAUAGAAGAGAGGGAGAUUAUUUCCCAGUAAAAGUAGGCCUUAGACAAGGAUGUGUGAUGUCACCAUGGUUGUUCAGUAUUUAUAGAUGGGGUUGUAAGCGAGUGCUUGGGUGUUGACAUGAGGUGUGGGGUUAAAAGAUAAAGAAAUCUAACAUAAAGUGGGAGUUUUCACAGUUGCUCUUUACUAAUGACACUGUGAAUUUGGGAGAUUCUGAAGGGAAGUUGCAGAGAUUGGUAGAUGAGUUUGGUAGGGUAUGUAAAAGAAGACAAUUAAAAGUGAAUAUAGGAAAGAGUAAGGUGAUGAGAAUAAAGUUAGAUAACGAAAGAUUGGAUAUCAAAUUGGAGGGAGAGAGUAUAGAGGAGGUGAAUGUAUUUAGAUUUUUAAGAGUGGAUGUGUCAGUAGAUGGGUUUAUGAAAGAUGAGGUGAAUCAUAGAAUUGACGAGGGGGAAAAAGACGAGUGGUGCACUGAGGAGUCUUUGGAGCAAAGAACUUUGUCCAUGGAAGCAAAGAGGAGAAUGUAUGAGAGUAUAGUUAUACCAAUGCUCUUAUAUGGGUGCAAAGCAUGGAUGGUGAAUGUUGCAACAAGGAGAAGGCAGGAGGCAGUGGAAAUGUCAUGUCUGAAGGCAAUGUGUGGUGUGAAUAUAAUGCAGAGAAUCCAUAGUUUGGAAAUUAGAAGGAGGUGCAGGAUUACCAAAACUAUUAUCCAGAGGACUGAGGAGGGGUUGUUGAGGUGGUUCAGACAUGUAGAGAGGAUGAAACAAAAUAGAAUGACUUUGAGAGUGUGUAAAUCUGUAGUGGGGGGAAGGUGGGGUAGGUGUUGGCCUAGGAAAGGUUGGAGGGCGGGGGUAAAGUAUGUUUUGUGUGUGAGGGGCUUGGACUUCCAGCAAGCAUGCAUGAGUGUUAGGAGCGAAUGGAGGUAAAUGGUUUUUAGGACUUGGCAUGCUGUUGGAGUGUGAGCAGGGUAAUAUUUAUGAAGUGAUUCAGGGAAACCAGCAAGCUGGACCUGAGUUCUAGAGAUGGGAAGUACAGUGCCAGCACUCUGAAGGAGGGGUGUUAAUGUUGCAGUUUUAUAACUGUAGUAUAAGCAUGUUUCUGGCAAGACAGUGAUGGAGUGAAUGAUGAUGAAAGUUUUUCGUUUUUGGGCCACCCUGCCUUGGUGGGAAACGGCCGAUGUGUUAAUUAAAAAAAAAUGUAAAGAACUUUCCUCAAAAAAGUAAUCCAGUAAAGCAUGUAAAUUUAGACACAAAAGCAGUAAUAUUAGCACCCUGUAUGUCCCCCCCCCCCCCCCCCAAAAAAAAAAAAAAAAAAAAAAAAAUUUCACUACAAUCUUCUGCUUGUAUCACACAUGAGAGAAAAGCAUAUGUAAUAUUGUUCAAGUGUUACUUAAGAUUUAUAAAGAGUGAUGGGUGUUGCUGAAGAAGAGAUAUCUUAUCUAUGUUAGAGUAUUAGAACACUUCUUAAUUAUCUGCUUCAGUAACAUUGCAGAAUGCUAACCUGGCAGUAGGUACAAGACAGAAUUCAUAUCAAAGGUAUUCGUAUAGUAAGCAAUAUGCUUUCCUUUUCUAAAACAUGGCUUAAAAUCUAGUCAGUCUAGACAGUUAUGUUUUUUUGAGAUUUUAUGUAGUAUUCAGUUGCUUAAUUUCAUUGUUUGAGUUUUGAAAAAUGCAUAACUGUAACUCUCCAUAUAAUCUUCAAGUACAUCUUUCAAGAAAUUCACAAACUCUCACAUACUGAGCCAUAAUUACAGCUACAGUUAAAAGGAUGCUACAAUUUUUAUUCAGGAGUGAGAGUAUGAUCGUCAGGAUCGUCAGCUCUAAAAAACAGAUGUACUUUUAACUGAGACUUAAAAACAUAAACAUAUUCUUAACUCUUGCCAGACACUGGUAUACUCCAAUAGUUUGGGAACUACAUAAGAAGAGGCUUUUUCACUGUAAUUUCUCUCUUCAGCAAUUCGUAGAAACAUUACUGUACCUAAUAAAAUAAGUACAAGCAUAUCAGUAAGAUAUUUGGGUUCUUUAAAUUUAAUAGAUUUACAUGUUAACGAACAGAGUUUAAAUUCAGUUCUUGCUUUGAUAGGGAGCCAGUGCAGCUCAUACAAGUAGUGCAGCUGCAUGAAUCAAGUGAUUAGACAAACCCACAAACAAUUACAAAAGCCAGUUUGAGAGGAAACAAAUGUGUGGAUAAGAACCAAGAUGCUAUAUUCUGUUUAAUAAGACACAUCCUGAUUGCACAGGGAUUACAAAUAUGAAAAUUGCACGAUUUUACAGUGUAGAUGAUAAACCCAAUAAAUAACACCGAAAAGUCCUCAUAAACA